AUGGCGGAGAAAGUAACCCUUGAAGAUCUGGACGAUGUUCAGGAUUUUCUGAACAAAGAGGACUGUCUUGCCAGAUUGAAAUAUCUGGGAAAGCAAGAACUUGUGCUAGUGAACGCAUAUCUGGAGAUCAAAAUACACGAAAGUGACCAACCUUAUGAGUGCCCUGAGUGUGGGAAGAGAUUCACACGUCUUGGCUAUAUGAAGACUCACAGGAUGCUGCAUACGGGUGACAAACCUUAUGAGUGUCCAGAGUGUGGGACGAGAUUCAAACGUCUUGAAUAUAUGAAGAAACAUAUGGUAGUACAUUCAGGUGCUAAACCUCAUGAGUGUCCAGAGUGUGGAAAGAGAUUCAAUCAUCUUGUAGGUUUGAAGACUCACAG